AUGGCUGCCUUCGAAGUUGCGGCCAGAUCGAAAAAAGAAAAAUACGAACAACUAAGAGCGGAGCUUGUUAGCGAGCAUGGAGCUGUUGAGGUAGUCCCAUUCAUUGUCGGCGUGCUGGGAUCAUGGGACCCUAACAAUAAUAAAUUUAUGCGCCAGUUAUGCAGCCGGAAAUAUGGGGACCUGAUGCGAAAAUUGUGUGUCAAAGAUACCAUCAGGUCCAGCAGAAAUAUAUACAUUGAACAUAAUACGGGAGUUCGGCAGGAGCUGGAUUUAAUUUAG